AUGCGGUCAUCACAAUUACAGCACCGAGCGUCUCUUUCGCGGGGUUGCAUGUCGUACGACUGCGGUACAUCGUUCCCUGCCUACCAACCCUGUGGCUACCUCUCGCAUCGGACGAGACAGAACUCAGUUUUCGUCGGCAGCGUCGGAGGCAUGGCUCUCAUACCAGAAAGUCCGCCUCGCCGCUCCCGCUCCGCCGCUGACCUACCCGCGCUUGUACCUUCAAUCGAUGUUCCUCAAUCUACGCCAAGAUCCUCACGAGCCGCGAGUCUUCACAGCGCAGUCGACUUAAGAGUCCAUAUUCCUUCACCAAGAACUUCAAGAGCUGCAAGCCUCCAUUCCGCUGUUGAUAUGCCUCCUGGUUCUGUUCAAGUGCAUGUGAGAGGUUCCGUAACCAACGUGAAUAGACCUCGGAGCCCAAGACGGUUAACCAUCACAAAUGUUUAAGGACCAAUCUGUCAAUUAGGUAGGUGUGUUGCGAUGUAGUUUCUUGCUACCCUCCUAGCUUCGAACUUCGUUAUCUAUUUAAAGAAAGAUGAUACAUAAUUUGUAUUUACUGUUAAGCUAAAAUGGACCCAAUGAUGAUGAUUUAACAAUGUUCGCAUUGUCAGUGAAAGAAACGCA